AUGACUACAUUUAGCUUGUGCAAGGUGGUGCAGGUGUUUCUGAUUACCACCCUUACUUCUGCCGCCUCCGCAGCAUUCACCAAGAUUCUGGAGGAUCCUCUGUCAGCGAAGGACCUUCUGUCGGAGAACCUUCCAAAGGCAUCAAACUUCUACUUAUCGUACAUUUUGGUGCAAUGUCUAGCAGCUGGCGCCAAUGGGCUCGUGCAUUUGCUAGAACUAUUCCGACACGAGGUGAUUGCGAGGUUUAGCGACGAUCUACGAUUACGGCACAGGCGGUACCAUAAGCUCCGUGUAGUACAUUGGGGAGCCAUUUACCCUGUUUUCACCAACAUGGCUGUGAUCGCUCCGCUAAUUCUCGUCUUCGCGGGCCUUGGGAUGUGCUUUUCGUACAUGGUGUACAAGUAUAACCUGCUUUACGUCUUUGAUACCGAACUACUAGACAGCAGAGGCCUGUACUAUCCGCGCGCUUUGAUGCAUCUCAUGGUUGGAUUAUACCUGGCGGAGAUAUGUAUGAUCGGUCUCUUCGCCUUGCAAUCUGCAUUCGUCCCCCUCAUUCUCAUGGUCAUGUUCUUGGUCUUCACUGGCCUUGUCCACAUAUCGCUCAACGAGGCGGUCAGCCCACUGCUGUACAACCUACCACGAACACUUGCGCUAGAGAGUGAAGAGCUGGAGCAGAAUGAUCAUCCUGGAGGCACCGGAGGACCACUUUUACCUGAAGAGCACGCCGGAGGCGCAGCAGCCUCAUAUUACGACGUUGAAGAGGCAUUUGAAGAUGAGGAGGACACCCCGGAUAACAACACACUCGACAGGAGUGUAGAAGGCUCCCGAGGCCUAAUGUCGUUCUUCACGAAAUUCACAAGAACUGCAAUUGAGGAGGAUCUCAAUGCGCAAGCUCAGGAGUCCGGACUUACAGCAGUACUUGCCAAAAUCAACAGAUGGAUUACACCUGAUCCAAAUAAGGUGCCCAAUUUCUUCAUGAGAUGGCUCCACCCCGAGAUCUAUGAGGAUUUUAAGACUCUUCGACAACUCGUCGAUCAGAUGCCACCCGAAGAGGACGCAACCGACAAAUUAGGCCAGCGAGCAUACUGGCCGCCAGAGAUGUGGCUGCCAGCACCGAAGCUGUGGAUCCCGCGGGAUGAAGGCCGUGUGAGUAGGCAAGAAGUGGCCCACACGCGGGAGGUGAUUCAAAUCACGGACCGCGGUGCGUGGCUAAACGAGAAAAACAGGGUCGUGGCUGACUUCAGCGCGACGCCGUAUGAGGAGGAAAGAGUAAUGAAUCGGUUCUGGUAA